AUGGAGAGUGAGGAAGUUCAAGCUUUAGUUAUUGAUAAUGGUUCAAGUAUGUGCAAAGCUGGUUUUGCUGGUGAUGAAGCCCCAAAAGCUGUUUUUCCAUCAAUUAUUGGUCGUAUAAGAUACUCUGGUUUUAUGGUUGGUAUGGGUAAAAAAGAUACAUAUAUCGGUGAUGAGGCUCAAUUAAAGAGAGGUAUAUUAACACUCAAAUACCCAAUUGAACGUGGUAUUGUCACCAAUUGGGAUGAUAUGGAAAAAAUAUGGCACCAUACUUUCUACAAUGAAUUACACGUUGCACCAGAAGAACACCCAGUUUUAUUAACUGAAGCUCCAUUAAAUCUAAAAGUAAAUAGAGAAAAAAUGACCGAAAUUAUGUUUGAAACCUUCAGCACCCCAGCCAUGUAUGUUUCUAAUCAAGCUGUAUUAUCAUUAUAUGCCUCAGGUCGUAACACCGGUAUUGUUAUGAAUUCAGGUGAUGGUGUUUCACACACUGUUCCAAUCUACGAAGGCUAUGCUUUACCACAGGCCAUCUUACGUUUAAAUUUGGCAGGCCGUGAUUUAACCGACUAUAUGGCCAAAAUCUUAGCUGAACGUGGUUACUCGUUCACCACCACUGAUGAAAGAGAAUUCACCAGAGACAUCAAAGAAAAAUUAGCCUACAUCGCUUUAGACUUCCAAGCUGAAAUGCAAACUGCUGCUUCAUCAUCCGCUUUAGAAAAAUCAUACGAAUUACCAGAUGGGCAGGUCAUCACCAUCGGUAACGAGCGUUUCCGUUGCCCAGAAGCUUUAUUCCAACCAUCAUUCUUAGGUAUAGAGUCAGAUGGGAUUCACGAGGCCACUUACAAUUCCAUCAUGAAAUGUGAUGUCGAUAUCCGUAAAGAUUUAUAUUAUAAUAUCGUCUUAUCAGGUGGUUCAACUAUAUUCCCAGGUAUUGCUGAUCGUAUGUUCAAAGAAUUAACUGCUUUAACUCCAUCAAGCACCAGGGUUAAAAUCGUUUCUCCUCCAGAACGUAAAUACUCUGUCUGGAUUGGUGGUUCAAUUUUAGCUUCACUUGCAACUUUCCAACAAAUGUGGAUUUCAAAAGAAGAAUAUGAAGAAUCAGGCCCAUCAAUUGUUCAUCGAAAAUGCUUAUAA